AUGCGCGUAAUACUCUGGAUUGCCUUUGCAUGCUUAUCAAUUGUGGCCGAAUCCAAAUAUCGCUUCAGAUUCCGUAAGUCUCAGAAGACGCUCGGAAGGACGGAAGUGCGUUCAGAUUUGUGUAGAUCAGAAGAUCAGAGCAUUCUGGAGCAGGAGAACCUGCCUUCGCUUCGGCAGAUCGUCUUCGUCGACGACGGAGCCAUUCUUUACGAUGACAGUUUGGAGUGAAUCUCGGUGACCGAAAAUGAAAUACUCAUUCCAGAAUCAGGCCUAGAAAAGGUGGGAUUGUCCAUUGGGAAAGGAGACGAAUUGGAGAAUUAUUCGAUGAAUUACACGACUGUGAGUGCUGCAAAUGUGGCGCUUCAACGGAAUAGAACUGUUAUGGGGUUAUUCAGGCUGUGAAAAAAAUUAUUGUUUUCCGUUUUUUUUCGUGUUUUUACGUCAAAAAAUCCAAUUCAGCGAUGUAAAAAAACGAAAAAAAACGGAAAACAAACAUACGCUGAAUAGUCCCAUUACGAUUUGCAAAUCGCAGUUGUAUUUUAAUGUUGCGAGUUCCAAAUCGUAACAGUUCUAUUCCGUGCGAGUUCUAUUCUGUUGUAGCGCCACAAAUGCUCUCCAUCGCACAUUCUCAUUGGAGCGCGGUUCAGGGUGGAGAAUCGGUGCAUAUCGUCGUCAAAUUCAAAAAAUCGGAAAAUUUGCUCGUUAUUAAUCAAUGGUAACAGCAAUUUAAAAUAUUAAAAUUUAAAAAAACAAUAUUCAGGACGCAUUCAUACUAUUUCAUGGGGAAAAACGAAAAAUACACGUUUUCGGGCAAGAAAGAGACGAUCAGACCGUCGCUCGACCACUUCAUCCGCGUUUAUUUCGUUUGUGCUCCGGGAAACGGCCGCAGUGUGCUCAUUUUGUUCGGCGAACAAUCUGAUAGGAACGCGAACGGAACGGAAAAGAAACGGACGAAACGGGAUGCGCAACCGAAAAUGAGCAAAAAGAGCGAGAAACGAAUAGAAAUGCUGCAGAGGUGUGCGGAACUCGGAAUUGAAAAUGGAAUGGCGAUGAUUGAAAUCUCAUUUGCAGACUGCAUCUCAAACUGAGUCUGACGUUCAUUCAUUUCGGAUUCGCCGUCGCCGCCGUCGUCAACGUCGUCGUGCUCGUCGUGUUCUUCCGUGUUUGCAACGCGGCAAAACCGAUGAAAGAAGCGAAGAAAGCGAGUGUGAAAAACUCGGAAAAGGCAAAUAAAUAA